AUGCUCGCCCGCCUUACCCUCCCAAUCCGCCGCGUAGCAAUCGUCACAGGCGGCGCCCAAGGCCUUGGUAAAGGAAUCGCCCUCCGCCUAGCUCGCGAUGGGCACGACGUCGCUAUCGCCGACUUGCACGAGAGCGCGGCGAGAGAGGUGGCAAAGGACAUCGCUGCUCUCGGAAGGCGCUCUUUGGCUUUGCAGACGGAUGUUUCGAAGGAAGACGAAGUGGAGAGGAUGGUCAACGAUGUUGUUCAGCGGUUGGGAAGCCUUGAUAUUAUGGUCGCGAAUGCCGGGAUCGCCAAGAUUGACACGCUCAUGAACACACGCCUAGAAGAUUACCGGGACAUCAUGACCGUCAACGCGCAGGGUAUCUUCCUAUGCUACAAGCACGCCGGCCUCAGGAUGGUCGAACAAGGCCGUGGAGGGCGCAUCAUCGGCGCUUGUUCGGUCGCCGGGAAGACUGGCGACAAAGACGGUCUCGCUUAUUCCGCCAGCAAGUUCGCUAUUCGAGGCAUGACACAGGCAGCAGCUCUUGAGCUUGCUCAGCACAACAUAACUGUAAACACGUAUGCGCCGAACAUGAUAGAGACAGACAUGGUUCGGGAGGCGAUCAAGAAAGAACCGGGUCUGAAAGAACGCUUCGUGGCGGCGACACCCCUAGGCCGCCUUGGCACAGUAGACGACGUCGCGGGCUGUGUAUCCUGGCUGGCCUCCGAAGACGCUGGAUUCGUGACUGGUCAAUCCAUUGGUAUCAACGGCGGUCAACAUUUUGACUAG